AUGGAAUCCUUGACAGAGGAUCUAUGGACGAUGGUACUUGCGAGACUACCGAUUAAGAUCUCCACUGGUUUAAAAAUUGUUUGCAAGCAGUGGAAAUCAAUCGUAGAGUCUCCGUUUUUCCGUGAAGUUUUCCAGUCCAUGCACCAAAACUCGUCCUCUUCUUCAUGGUCGCUCAUGUCCAGAUUUGACGAAGAUCCAGAGAUAGUAGGUCACUACCAAUGCGACACAUGGGGACUUGAUCGAUCUUUGGGAUCUUUCAUCAAGUCUUUCCUAGCCGACAAACAACAGAAGCACAAAGACCAACGAGUCAGUGUCGAGGCUUACUCUGAUGUUGGGUUGAUUUUGAUCCAUGUAGAAUCAACCGACAGGGAGAAAGGAGUCAUCUACGUGGCUAACCCCGUGUCACGGGAAUGCGUAGAAAUAUUAAUUCCUGAUCCACUUCCUAAACGAUUUGGAACUUAUGAAUAUAGCUUUCUAUGGCAAUGGGGACUUGUCACAAGAACCGAGAACGGCGUCCUUUUGGGUUACAAAGUUAUUCUCAUUGAUAAAUUGCUUCGAGAUAGGAAGUUAAGUUGUCGUAUAUAUUCAUCUGAGACAGGCUUGUGGAGUCUCGAAACUUUUCAUCUUCCUUACUCUUUCAACCAUCAUUAUUUUUCUGGAUAUCCGAUCAGCUUGAACGGUAAUCUUCACUGGCUUGGCUGGAACAACGACCGUCAUGAUAUUGUAUUAUCCAUGGAUAUGUAUGCUACUUGCACGGGUUCUGAUCGAUGCCGUGUUACACCUUUCCCUGACCUAGAGAAAACUACCAUGUUCAAAAGAUUUUGCACACCCUGUCAAGGUUUUCUCAUGUAUAUGAACAUAACCAAAGUGGAUGGAAGCCUUGAAGAUAAGUUAUGUUUAUGGAAGCUACAGAGCGGGGGGUGGCAAUUAAUAUCUGAAAUCUCCCCAGAUUUGACCUUGGCUGGUCUCGACUGUUCACCAUCGCUGAUGAUAAACCCUUUAGAUGCAAAAACAGCCUACUUUUGGAGCAAUAAACAAGAACGGUUGCUAUCUAUCAACUUACACAACGGUAAGAAGUUUGUGAUCCACAAUCAAUUCGAAGCUAGGAUUUUCCUCACAAGACAGAGAGAAAGGGAAUCCUUCGACGUACGAAUAUACUAUAUCCCGUUCAUUCUCCCACAAUGGCUGCAUCGGAUCCCAAAUACGGUGAGUAUUAAACAGCCACUAACAACAACUGCAAUACUACAUGGAUGA